AUGGAGUCCUUCCUCGGCUUUGACCUCUCCAAAAACUACUCCUUCUUUGCGGUUCCAGCAGCGUUCAUCGUCAUCGCCUUCCCACACAUCUACGGCGUUCGCAUCUCAGCUGGAACAUACGACAACGCCAACCCACGCUGCCACAAAGAAUACGUCGAAAAGAGCGACAAGCUCGACAAGACCAAGAAGCAGCUCAUCCUCCGCGCCAAGGCCGCUACGGAAAACGGCUUCGAGACCAUCGGCUUCUUCGCCGCGGGUGUCGCGGCGGCCAACCACGCGGGGGUGCGCGCUCCCGCCCUCAACGCCCUGAGCUUCGGCUACGUCGCCUGCCGCGCGGCGUACAACUUCGCCUACGUCUGGCUGCAGGCAGACCGCCGGCUGUGCUGGACCAUCCGCUCAUCAGCAGCCAACCUCCUUCAAUUACAAAAAAACUUCACUAUCUUCUGCAUCGAAAAGCAUCGAGUCGACGAGAUGCAUCCUCUCAACUACUUCAUCCCACUCUUUGCGUCGACAGCGCUCGCCCUCCCAGGAGAUGCAGGGCCAAUAACCACCACGACGACCACCAUCAAGUGCGACUACAAAUACUGCGACGAGAAGGGCACUUCAUGGUGCUUCCACUUUGUCCCCUUCACCACAAUCGACCCUACUCUCGGCCCUCUACCUGGUGAAACAAGAACCUCCAUCGGUCUCUGCGGAAGCAAGGCUACCAACCAUGCGGCGAAUUAG